CUAAGCCGACAAUGUCCGCCGCAGCUCGCGCGGCGGCGCCCUCCGUGUGGUCGCUCACCACGAGGACCGGGCGGCUCCGGGUGCCGCGCGUGCGAAAGCAGAUCCUCGUCGACAUGAUGUCGCGCAAGAUGGCCGAUCGCUCGCUCGUCGCUGUGGCCCACACGGGGAACCUCACAUACGAGCAGAGCGCGCUCCUGAAGCGCGAGGUGCAGUCGGCUGGCGGCAGCAUCCACGUGGUGAAGAACUCGCUCCUCGGCCUCGGGAUGCGCAACGCGGGCCUCGACGCACUGGUCCCGCUCUUGCGCGGCAAGGUCGCCGUCGCGGUGGGGGACGACGAGGUGGCGUUGGCCCAGACGCUGCUUGGGGCGUCCAAAAAGGUGCCCGACUUUUUUGUCCUCGGCGCAGUGCUGCAGAGUCGGCGAGUCUUGCGCCACACCGAGGUCGAGAGGUUGGCCAAGCUGCCGCCCGCGGAGGUGGUAUACUCGAACCUCGUGUCGCAGAUGCUGCCCGGCAGCGUGCUGCGGGUCCCCAACCCGGCGGCGCACCUCGUGGCGCUGCUCGGCCACCACUCGAGCGGCGGCGACGCCGACGGUGGAGGCGGCGGCGAGCGAGAAUAGUUAUUCGGAGAGAGAUUUUGAAAGAAAGAAAACAGAAAAA